GGGGGUGGAGAAUGCGAGCCCGGGCCGGAAGGGUUUAAACCGCGCGCAGGCGCGGGCGGCGGAAAAGAGGGCGCGAACCUGUGGGUUGCUGUAAUUUCAGGAGCGAGUUCGGCUGUAGCCCCCCUCUGGAAGUGUCAGAAGUAUGUCUCAGGAAGGUGAUUAUGGGAAGUGGACGAUAUCCAGUAGUGAUGAAAGUGAGGAGGAAAAACCAAAACUAGACAAGCCAUCUACUUCUUCCCUCCCCCGUGCUGGGCAGGGAGCAGCAAAUGAACCAAGAUACACCUGUUCUGAGGCUAGGAAAGCGGCGCAUAAAAGGAAAUUAUCACCUGUGAAGUUCAGCAACACAGAUUCACAAGUUUCACCUCCCAAAAGGCAGAAGAGCGGUUCCCAGGAAGACCUCGGCUGGUGUCUCUCCAGCAGCGACGAUGAGCUGCAGCCGGGAACACAGCAGAAGCAGGCUGAGAACAUGGUGGUCAAAGAGGAGAGUGGCAUCUCUUCUCCCCAAGACGGUGCUGCCCAAAGAACUGCAAAUCACAGCCCUCCUGCCCUCCAUGGACUAAAAGAGGAAGAAGAGGACUAUGAAACCUCAGGGGAAGGCCAAGACAUUUGGGACAUGUUGGAAAAAGGGAACCCCUUCCGAUUUUACCUCACUAGAGUCUCGGGAAUUAAGCCUAAGUAUAACUCCGGAGCCCUCCACAUCAAGGAUAUUCUGUCUCCCCUAUUUGGGACACUUGUAUCUUCAGCUCAGUUUAACUACUGCUUUGACGUGGACUGGCUCAUAAAACAGUACCCACCAGAGUUCAGGAAGAAACCAAUCCUGCUUGUGCAUGGAGAUAAACGAGAAGCCAAGGCUCACUUACAUGCCCAGGCCAAGCCGUAUGAAAACAUUUCCCUCUGCCAGGCAAAGUUGGAUAUUGCAUUUGGAACACACCACACGAAAAUGAUGUUACUGCUGUAUGAAGAAGGCCUCCGGGUUGUCAUACACACCUCCAACCUCAUCCAUGCUGACUGGCACCAAAAAACUCAGGGAAUAUGGUUGAGCCCCUUAUACCCACAAAUUAUCCAUGGAACCCACAGAUCUGGAGAAUCAACAACACAUUUUAAAGCCGAUCUCAUCAGCUACUUGACGGCUUAUAAUGCUCCUUCACUCAAGGAGUGGAUAGAUACCAUCCACAAACAUGAUCUGUCUGAAACCAAUGUUUAUCUUAUUGGAUCAACCCCAGGACGCUUUCAAGGAAGUCAAAAAGAUAAUUGGGGACAUUUUAGACUUAGAAAGCUUCUGAAAGAGCAUGCCUCUCCUAAAGGGGAGUCCUGGCCCAUAGUAGGGCAGUUCUCAAGCAUUGGGUCUAUGGGAGCUGAUGACUCAAAAUGGUUGUGUUCCGAGUUUAAAGAAAGCUUGGUGACACCGGGGAAGGAAAGUCGGACCCCAGGAAGAAGUGCCGUUCGUCUUCAUCUGAUCUAUCCUUCUGUGGAAAAUGUGCGAACCAGCUUAGAAGGAUAUCCAGCUGGGGGCUCUCUUCCCUAUAGCAUCCAGACAGCUGAAAAACAGAAUUGGCUCCAUUCCUAUUUUCACAAAUGGUCAGCUGACACAUCUGGCCGCAGCAAUGCUAUGCCACAUAUUAAAACAUAUAUGAGACCCUCUCCAGACUUCAGUCAAAUUGCUUGGUUCCUUGUCACAAGCGCGAAUUUGUCCAAGGCCGCCUGGGGAGCGUUAGAGAAGAAUGGCACCCAGCUGAUGAUCCGUUCCUAUGAGCUUGGGGUCCUUUUCCUGCCAUCAGCAUUUGGCCUGGACAGCUUCAAAGUAAAAGAGAAAUUCUUCUCAGGGAGCAAGGAGCCAGUGGCCGCCUUUCCUGUGCCAUUUGACCUGCCUCCAGAACUGUAUGGAAGUAAAGAUCGGCCAUGGAUUUGGAACAUUCCUUAUACCAAAGCACCAGAUACACAUGGGAAUAUGUGGGUUCCCUCCUGAGAAUCUUAAAGCACUAUGAAAUUUAGGUGCAAGACAUCAAGCCCCAAAUAAUGAAUGUUCUUAUUGGUGCUGGAUGUUUACCCUUCGAGUUUUAGCUACACCCUUAACAAAACUCUGCAGAGCUCACUCUUGUGAGCACGAUGCUGGUUACACCUUUGAUAGUCAUUAACAGUGUCCCUUAAUUCACUUUUUUAAGCUUCAGAAUGAAAGCUAUCAAACUCGACAAUGUUGAAUAUAGACACAAAGUCAUCCUCAAAAUGAUACAUGGAAUUUCACCGUGGUGUUCGCUCUUCCGAAGUGAAGACAGACUAUGUGUGUUGUACUCCGUCCGUCCUGCUCUUCAGCCAAGCAGGGGAAGAAUGUGACCAUUUGCUUAUCACCCGGCCCUCCGCUUUCUGAGUGUUGUCUCGGGGCUGCUGGCCAUGAGGCUGCCCAUGUUCCUAGCCUGUCGCUCAGGUCAGUGUGGCUACUCUUCUGACACACGGAGUCCUACUACCUCCCAUCGUCCUGCAGCUUCACGAGGCUUCGCAUCCUGGCACUGUGCUAGCUGCCUCUCUGCUUACAGAUGGGUCCUGCCAUUUCCUCGCCCGUCCCCAGAGCAGAUGGGUGUCUUUCAUCCCCUCAAGUUUCCAGAAGAGACAGCUCACCGAACCAUAUAAAAGCACAAGUAUGUUCCUUGCACGAAACCCUGAAAGGUAACCUAAAUUGGUGCCUUCAGCUUACAAGCAAGGAGACAGAAGCCCAGAAAGGCUCAGGAUGCCCCCCACAUCACAGCUGGUUUGGGUCCAAGCUGUGAAUGUUUCCACUUUAAGUACAUCUGUCCUUUGUACUUAGGAAUCCCGUUCUCCUAGGAUGAUGGAGACCUUCUUUUCCACAUGAGGCUGAUACCCAGUUUGUCUCCACCCUCUUUAUCUUACAACUUUCAAGAGUUGUUGAAUAUUAAUUUUGAAAGAUUUCUGAAGAUACCUUUUCAGACUGUUUCCCAGGCCUACGAUUUUCACCUUAGGACCUGGCAGGGCGGAGCAGCGGUGCUGCCAUAGAGAAGUCUGGGAAGCCAGCUGCGGACCCUCUACUCUGCUGUCACUUCGCUUUACCUAUUUUAUAUUUUGGGAUUCUGUAAAGGAUAUUAUCUGGGAUUAUGUGUGUAUGUGUGCUCA